AGAGGCAAGAAAUCUUUCACCUGCACUCAGUCUGGAAAUAGUUUGAAAACCAAAUGUAUUCUUAAGUUUAACAUGAGAGUUCACACUGGAGAGAAACCGUACAUAUGUGAUCAGUGCGGGAAGAGCUUCUCACAGAAAGGACACCUUGAAUGGCACAUGAGGAUUCACACUGGAGAGAAGCCAUUCAAAUGCCAUGAAUGUGGAAAGAGAUUUUUUUGUAAAUCCCAUCUUGAACGUCACGUGAGAGUUCAUACUGGAGAGAAGCCGUUCACAUGUGAUCAGUGCGGGAAGAGUUUCCCAAAUAAACAAAAUCUGGAGCUUCACAUGAGGAUCCACACCGGAGAGAAGCUGUUCAUGUGCAAUCAGUGUGAAAAGAGAUUCUCAAACAAACAAUGUCUUGAGUUUCACGUGAGAGUUCAUACUGGAGAGAAGCCAUUCGCAUGUGAUCAGUGCGGGAAGAGCUUCACACAGGAAGCACAUCUUUGGGGGCACAUGAGGAUCCACACUGGAGAGAAACCGUACACCUGUGAUCAGUGUGGAAAGAGUUUCACGCAAUCAGCACAUCUUAAAGGACACAUGAAAAUCCACUCGGGAGAAAAGCCAUAUGCAUGUGAACAGUGCGAAAAGAGAUUCAGUCAGUAUUCAAAUCUGAAAACACAUGAGAGGAUCCACACUGGAGAGAAACUAUAUAUGUGUUCACACUGUGAUAUGAGAUUCAGUCGGUCAACAAGUUGCAAACAACACGAGAGGAUCCACAGCAGGGAGAAGCUGCACACGUGUGAUCAGUGCGGAAACAGUUUCGCUUUUAAAAGUCACCUGAAGACACACAUUAAGAUCCAUGCAGUGGAGAAACCAGAUCACUGCAGUCUGAAAUCACG